GUACUGUCCCCUCAAGAAGACUCUCUUCGGUCAGCAACGAUGUCUCUACUGUCUUCAUGACUGAUAGCAAGCAUUGUAGUGCCCUGGAGGACAGCUCUAGGGUCGACGUGGUGGCUGGUGACACUGGUGGGCCUGGUGGUGACACUCAAGGGACAAUCUACCAGAAGACACCUGUGAGAGCCGAGAAGCUAUUGAAUAUCAUGUUGCAACAGUUGAGCUGCGCGGAGCACGUGGCCUUCAACCUCUUGGACGGAGUGCGCUGUGACGCCACCCAUGUGUCCUUCUUCUGUCGGGAGUACUUCAAUACAGCUGCCCUCGAUGCUGGCCUCACUAUGGCCAAGUACUCCUCCUCUGUGGCUUCGGUCGAGGGUCGCCUCAAGAGGCAAAUUAAGAUGGCUAUGGUCCUCGAGAUGUGUGCCGUGGCCGUGUGUGCUGGUGUAUGUGCGGUCACAGCGCAGACCAGUGACUGGGCCCAACUAGUCCCGCUGGUGGUGAAGGCUCGUCUACGAGCCCUACUCCAGCACGUCCAUGAGAACGUCCUUCUCCUCAUCGACUACGUAUGUCAGAAAGCAGUAGAGUUCCCCGGCGACUUGGAGACGAACCCGUACAGUAUAGUCAACUUUGACCUCAACAUCCUCUACCUUGCCAAGCGUUACAGGGCAAUGGGAAAGGCGGGCCAUUCCAACGCUCUCUCGCAGAACAACAGCGAGGCUGAGAACCUCCUUAGACAGGUGUGCCGAACUCUGUCUGGCGCACCCACCACUCGAGGGCGUCGGCCAAGCUCAGCUAUGAACUCCUUGGGGGGCCAGGUCGCCGCUCUGGUCACAGAGGUCCUCGAUAUGGCCCAUAAGAACUCCCUCAGCAACAUUCGAAGUAAGUUUCUCCAAAGCUUGAGGUUCCGUCCGGUAGAAGGCCCGGUGUACGAGAGAUAUGAGAAGGUGCCAACGGCUUCUGACAGCCGAGCUUCUGUCGCGGCGGCCAUCACGGCUUACUUCGAGCCUUUGCCCCCGAUGCUACCCCAUCUCAUUAGGAUGAGACCCUUACUGCCCCCACAGCAUUGUGGUGUGUCGGGAUAUACAGCUGUCAUUGACCUUGACGAGACCUUGGUUCACUACUCGGAGGUGGAGGGCGGCAGUGGUGGCCGCUUUGAGAUGAGACCGGGGUGUGUCGAGUUCCUGUCAGGCCUGAACGCUUUGGGUUAUGAAAUUGUGGUAUUCACAGCCGCGACACAGGACUAUGCCGAUUGGGUGGUGGACCAGCUGGAGACCCUGCGAGGUGUGGUCGUGCACCACCGACUCUAUCGUCAGCAUGCCCUCCCUUGGGGGCCUAUCUUCAUCAAGGAUUUGGCUAGGCUUGGUCGGAAGCUGGACAGAAGCAUAAUACUCGAUAACGUGAAGGAGAACUUCAUGUUGCAACCUGAGAAUGGCAUAUUUAUAUACCCGUGGUAUAGCGAGCGAGACGAUACGGCACUUUACGACCUAUUGCCACUUUUCCAAGAGCUCAUAGUCACCAGAGUGUCAGUGCCUUCCCUCCUCCACAAGUACAGCGAGGAGAUACCCUCCUGGGCGGGCUUCGAUGGCGUGGAAAUGGAGGAGUGUGGUGUGGCCAACCAACUGGCCUUAGCUGCUGCGACCAUCCCUGAGGACGGUGGAGUGCUUGAUCCCAGCAAUAAGAUCACUGGAGCCUUCCAAGCCCCUCCACCACCGGUGGCGACCUCUCACUCGGCAGCUGUGGCCUACCAGCAACCCAGGACUCUGUCGGACUCGCAGAGGUUCCCUGGCACGCCGAUGCGGGUAUAUGAUACUACUCGAACGGACAAGUCAGUUGUCGAUACUGCACCUCGCCAUGAGGAAGCUGAAGGGAGGCAUCGUGUGGUGGUGACGAGGUCUCAGCCGUCACCGCCGAAUCGUAGUACUGUAGUACAGGGCGCCUCGAUGACCGGACCCUACACUGGAAGAUACGUUUAUGGCGGUCCAGUUACAGCGACCCCCUCGAUGGCAGCAACUACUACCACAUCGCAUCACGCCUCGAGCCAACGUGCUAUAUAUAUGGGCUCGCCGGUCAUACCGCCGACACCAGCAGUGGCCCAUCGACAGAUUUUCCAACUUGGCCUACCUCCGUUGACACCGAGCCUUUUCUCUGCUCCGUAUCAACCACAGCAAUCCGUGACGGUAUCGCAGCCCUUCACGGUGAGGGUCCAGCCGGCGACCAGAGCGAUAGGGGCUAUGCCGGCUAGUCCAGUGAUGGGCACUCGGAUGAUCAUGAGUGCUACCAAUAGAGCGGCCCAGCAGCAACGCAGCCACGCAGUCUCUCAUCAGACCAACCCAAGGCCGGUUGUGUCUUGGCCGAUGGCAGCAGGCCCUUCGGUUCCUCCAUCACCCUUGGUGGGCAGCAGAAUCAUCACUAAUCCUGGUUUGCUAUCGUCCGUAUGGUUACAUCACCCACAGCCGCAACAGAUGACGACGGCUCAUCCUUCGACGAUUAUCCGCCUCUGAGACAAGUUGCUUGCGAAUGUCUUCACAGAGAUUAUUAUCAGUCUAGAUAGCCACUACGUGGUCGUAGUAGCCGAUUAGAGUAUGAAGGAUAGUAUGACAAGUUGAGGGUGUUCACAAGGCUUAGUAUCUCGUCGUAUAGUAGCACUACUGCCAAGCAGUACACUAUCAUCAGUAUCCUUUUGUCUUAGCUGCUGCUGCUACCUCACAAUUGUAACCAUCAUUAUUUCAAAGUGCAUGCAUCAUUCUAUGCUAAUAUGGCCUCAUAGUAGGCUGAAGUGGCGAAGGAGUGGUAUGGUAACCGUACGCAAGCCUA